AUGAGUGAAGUAAGUUCUGAGUUGAGAGGUUUUUUGGAGAGUGUUCCUAGGACAAUUAGAAGUUUGGAAGAGAAGAGGGCCUUUCUGGAAGACCAAAAAGGACAUUAUUUGGAGGUUAGAGACAAAGUUGUGUCUCAUGGUGGUGAUUCAGGUGAUAGUUCAGAUGGUACUGCUUCUGGUGGUAUGGUUUUUGGAGAGGUUAUAAUUGGGGAGAGCAAGCUUUUUCUGAAUAUUGGGUAUGAGUACUACGUUGAAAAAAGUCGAGAAGAGAUCUUGAUAUUCUUGGAUGAGAAGUUAAAGUUGAUGGAGGAGGCUAUGGUUCAGUUUGACGGCAAGAUUGCUGAGUCAAAACAGACUUUGAGCAAUUUGGAGCUGUUUGUGAAGAGUUCUGAAGGGAUGGGCGGUGAGAAUUCUGAAGAGAUGGAUUACAGCGAUGGAUUCCAACCGAUGGAAAUCAGAGAAGAAUUAGACGAGGAUGGGAAUGUCAUCAGUAGUUCUGUAACACCUACUAAUAAGAAUGGUAGUUCUGGUUUAGAUUUGGAUGGAGAAACAGGAUCAGGAACAACAGAGGCAGAAGCAGAAGCAGAAGAAGCAGCAAAAACAGAAGUGAUCUCAGAGUCAGGCCCGUCAUUUGAAGAUACUUUAAGAGGGAAGUUGACUAAGGAAGUGAAUGAAGUUCCCAACAUUGAUGCAGAUAAUCAAGAUAAUAUGGACAGAAAACAAUCCAAAUUUAACCAAAAUAUGGAUUCUAGUGAUAUGUACACCUUUGCUGACCUUGUUGAACAGAUGGAUGAACAGGACGAGUUGGAUAAUGGUGUGGUGAAUAGUGACGAUAUAACUUAUGAUUAUGAUGCAUUUGAAAACGAAAAGUACUAUUACUCUGACGAUGAAGAUGAAGAUGACGACGACGACGAUCUUGAUAAUACCACCGGAUACUCUAUGAUUCCUGGGUUUGCAGCACAAUCCUCCUUUAUGGCACAAAUCAAUAAACUAAGAGCUGAAAAUGCUUCAAUAGAGCCUGAGAAGUCUGAACAAGAAGCACAGGAAGCAUCAAAAACUCAAGAAAGCAAAGCCAAGUCGAUUCUAAAAUCAGGAAAGAAAGGCAAGAAAAAAGCAAAGAAGUCAGUUGGGUUUGCCGCAUCUCUGGACAUACAUGAAGUUGAAAACAUGAAAGAAGAGACAAAAAAGAAUACACAUAACUUUCCAAGAUACCAAGGUGCUAUGUCUGGAGCAGACUUUGAAGAUAAUGAGCCAUUGACAAAGGAAGAGUUCGAUAGUGAGUUGUUUGCAAAGAUGAUAGGUGUAUUAGGCCCAGAUGAAAUACAUGACAAAUAUCUAAAUGAGAUUGCAGAAGAAUAUAAAAAAGAAGAAGAGGAGGCACAAGCAAAGAGAAAGAACAGGGUAUCCAGAUUUAAAUUGGGCAGGAAAUCAGUCCAUAAAGAUGAUUUGGCUAAGGAAGAUGUCAUCGAGAAGGGAAUAAGUGCAGUAAAUGACAUUGUUGAAAAGGAACCAGAUUCCAAGUUAAAUGUAGACAAUAAGAUUGUUACAGGUAAAAAGAAGUUAUCUUCUUUCAGAUCAAGAAAUAUUAAUAAAAGCAAGAAUAUUAUGCCAGAUAUUGUUGAAAAAGAAAAUAUUAUAACUGAAAUAAAAGAGAAUGAGGGGUCUAUAAUCUCUGAUAUUGUGGAUAAGGAGUUUCCAGCCGUUUCUGAUAUAGUUGAGCGAGAAGAACCUGUUUCUGAUAUAGUUGAGAAAGAGAUUCCUGUCGUAUCAGAUAUAGUUGAGAAAGAGGUUCCUGUCGUAUCAGAUAUUAUAGAGAAGGAUGUAUCACUAACGAUCUCUGACGGAGCCAUCAAGAAAGAACCCAGACAAUUUGGUAAUAAAAAAGACAAGAGACGAAAUGCUGGCAGUAAAACAGAAAACCAAUCAUAUGCUGAAACCAUCCUUGAAACAGCAGGAGUUCCAAAAGUUCAUGGUAACAAAACUGAGAAAACUAAAAACACCAAUCCAAAUAAAUACUUAUCCAAGAGUAUGAAUUCGUUGAGCAAGCCAAGAGUCAAAUCUAACAAGCCAGUUCUUUCAAAAGAAAUCAAAGAAUACCUAAAAAACUCUGAUGAUAUAGAAGAUCCCAAAGAACAGUCAGAAAUCGAACAACACGACAAUUCAAAGUCUUUCCCAAAGGAAAUUGCAGAUGCAAUUAAAGAUACAGAGAAAAAAGACAUUAAAAUACCAUCCGUUGACUUUUCUGCAUUGUCAGAAGAUAUGAAUGCAAUGGCUAAAGCAUACUCCUUGGGUCUUUAUGAUGAUGAUCUAGAAGAUGAUCCAGGAAUGUUAGUAGAAAAACUCGAGGACUUCAAAGAAUACAACGACCAAGUAAAUGAACUAAAAGAAGAAAUAGAAAACUUCAGAAUCGAUAACCCUAUGAAAUAUGAAAACGAUAACGAAUCUGAAAGUGAUUCAAAUGAAAUAAUGACUGAAAUUGUAGAAAACAAUAUCCCAGAUAACUACAACGAAACAAACGACGAAAUAAUUAAUGAUUACGGCCUAAACCAAGAUAAACUAAAUGAAUCUGUAGCAAUGGAAUAUCACCGUGUUAAAAGUUAUAUGACUUCUAAAUUAUCAGAUAUGUCAAUUGAUUACAGUGACGAAAGCAAAGGUAUCGAGCCAAUCGAUGAACUUGGUAACCCAAUCAAGCAGAGCAGAUUCAAAUCAAAUAGGCUAAGCUUAAACCAAAAAUAG